UGAGGGAGGGUGAAAGGGAAUGAGAGAGUGUGAGCAAGGGAGAGAAAAAGAGGGAGUUAGAUCAGGGAUCUGUGCGAAGUCAGGUCAGUCAGUCUCAGUCUCAGUGCUGCUCAGACUCUCUGGAUUAGUAAUCCUGCCCUUUGGAUUGUUCUGGGAGUGUUUGGGAAAGAGCCUGUAUUUGAAGAAUAGGCCUGGGGCAGGGUGUCUUUGACUGGGAGCGUGUACUAACUAGUAUUUGGACUACCGAGUCGUGUCUUAUGGAGGUUCAGGUCCAGAGUCGGCCACUGCCACCCACCAUCCCGGAGAAUGGGGCGGACCCUCAACCCCACACUGUUAACGGUCAUCGUCAUGCCAACAGUGGGGAGGCAGAGCUGCCUGUCUCCAAGUCUCAGAGGAGACGAAGCGAUGUCAAAGUCUACAAGGAAUUCUGUGACUUCUACGCACGCUUCAACAUGGCCAAUGCCCUGGCCAAUGCGAUGUGUGAGCGCUGUAAGAGUGGCUUUGCCCCGGCGGAGAAGAUCGUCAAUAGCAACGGGGAGCUGUACCAUGAGGGAUGCUUCGUCUGUGCUCAAUGCUUCCAACAGUUCCCCGAAGGUCUCUUCUAUGAGUUUGAGGGCAGGAAGUACUGCGAGCACGACUUCCAGAUGUUGUUUGCUCCCUGCUGUCACCAAUGUGGGGAGUUUAUCAUUGGUCGUGUGAUCAAGGCGAUGAACAACAGUUGGCACCCUGACUGUUUCUGCUGUGACCUCUGCCAGGCUGUGCUGGCUGACGUGGGCUUCGUCAAGAACGCCGGCAGACACCUGUGUCGCCCGUGUCAUAACCGUGAGAAGGCCCGUGGUCUGGGGAAGUACAUCUGUCAGAAGUGCCACGCCAUCAUCGAGGAGCAGCCGCUGCUGUUCAAGAACGACCCUUACCACCCCGACCACUUCAACUGCAACAACUGCGGUAAGGAGCUGACUGCUGAUGCCAGGGAGCUGAAGGGAGAGCUGUACUGCCUGCCCUGCCAUGACAAGAUGGGUGUUCCCAUCUGUGGUGCUUGCAGGAGACCCAUCGAGGGCCGCGUGGUCAAUGCCAUGGGCAAGCAGUGGCACGUCGAGCAUUUUGUGUGUGCUAAGUGUGAGAAACCCUUCCUGGGCCAUCGCCACUACGAACGCAAAGGACUGGCCUACUGUGAGACUCACUACAACCAGCUCUUUGGAGAUGUCUGCUACCACUGCAACCGUGUCAUUGAGGGUGAUGUGGUGUCAGCCCUGAACAAGGCAUGGUGUGUCAACUGCUUCGCCUGCUCCACCUGCAACACCAAGCUCACCCUAAAGGAUAAGUUUGUAGAGGUGGAUCUGAAGCCUGUGUGUAAACACUGCUACGAGCGCCUGCCGGACGACAUGAAGCGCCGUCUUGCCAAACAAGAAAAAGAAAAGAGGAAGAAAAUGCCUAUGUGUCUGUAAACCCUUGCCCUUCCUUUCUCCUCACUUCCACUUUCCAUUCAUUGGAACAAGUUUGUGGAGUUUGACAUGAAGCCGGUGUGUAAGAAGUGUUACGAGAAGUUUCCUCUGGAACUUAAGAAGAGGCUGAAGAAGCUGGCGGAGACAGUGGGCCGGAAGUAGACACAGACAGACUGAGACAGACAG